CUCUCUCUAUCUACGGCUCUGGGUAUGCCUAGCCAGACGCUAAAUUUACUGCAUGUCUUUCGUUCACGGGCGCUGCUGAAUAGCCAUUAUCGGUGGAAAACGACAAUGUUUUUCUGUUGGGGAGCAAGGUUUGCUGCCUCGUCGUUUUGUUUGUAUUAUAACUCGGCAAGAUCUGUCCAAAUGCGUCACAAUUACAUAAUUAGUUGUUUACAAAUUAAUGUUAGACGAACACACAGUCUCUUUCGACCACUGCAAGACAUAUCCGUCAAAAUCACCCAAUGGAAUUUCAUACACGUAUCUCAGCUUGGGACAGCCUCGACGACUGCUUCGAAAUCCACUUCAACGCCAAAACCUGAAUUCGCCAUGUUUCUUUCUCCACGGAUAAAGAUGCGUCAAUGGGCCAACGACAGCCUAUGUUUACCAACAUUCUUUAACUUUUAUUUAAUGGCGACCCUCACGGAUAAGCUACUAAAAAGAGCUUUAUCCAACGUUUUCAAGCCGACGCAAAUCACUUUCGCGAACAGGACACCAACAACCGACACUCAAAGGGUGCAGCUUUCCAAUGGCCCAAAGGAAGGAGCUGAAAUUCCAGAACCUGAGGACAACCAAAAUAAAACAAAUCAGCUAAAGAAAGUUUUUAAGGAAUAUGGUGCUGUUGGUGUGUCCUUUCACAUUGGAAUAUCUGUAAUUUCUCUUGGGAUUUUCUAUGUUGCACUGUCAAGUGGGAUCAAUAUGACUGCUGUUCUUUGUAAGCUGGGCUUCAGUGAAUCUAUACUUCAAUCGAAGAUGGCUGCUGGCACUAGCACAUUUGUAAUAGCAUAUGCUGUUCACAAGCUCUUUGCCCCACUGAGGAUCAGCAUUACUAUUGUGUCUGUACCACUGAUAGUCCGAUAUUUCAGGAAGACUGGAUUCUUUAAAUCAACCUAAACCUGUACACAUCUAAAUGGCUUAAUAUAUUUAAGUUAUUAAGAUUUUACUUUUAUUCAUUUCUGUUUAAAGGGUUAAAUGUCUGUUAAAAUGUCUUUUUUUUUAUUUAUUUUUGAAGCGUUCAGAAAAAAAAUACCAGACAUAUCAAAACAUACAUAGCAAGUAUUAGUAAAAGAAAGUCUGUAAAAGUUUCCCUAAUCUAUGUAUAUCUGUUUUCCUAAACUAUUAUGCUGACAUCUAUGAAAUAAAAUAUGUAGUGUCAAUAUUAAUUUAAAAUUUUUACACUUAUAGAACAAGAAGCUAUUAUUUAGCAAACUUUUAACAUUUUGAGUUUAUCAACAACAAAAUUAAAAUUGCUGGAUGUACAGAACUCUUAACCAGAGUGUUUUACACUGACCAUGCAUAACAUUAUGACCACUGAGAGGUGAAGUGAAUAACACUAAUUAUCUCUUCAUCACGGCACCUGUUAGUGGGUGGGAUAUAUUAGGCAGCAAGUAAACAUUUUAUUCUCAAAGUUGAUGUGUUAGAAGCAUGAAAACAUGGACAAACAUAAGGAUUUGAGCGAGUUUGACAAGGGCCAAAUUGUAAUGGCUAGAUGACUGGGUCAGAGCAUCUUCAAAACUGCAGCUCUUUUGGGGGUGUUCCCGGUCUGCAGUGGUCAGUAUUUAUUAAAAGUGGUCCAAGGAAGAAACAGUGGUAUACCGGUGACAGGGUCAUGGGCGGCCAAGGCUCAUUGAUGCAUGUGGGGAGUGAAGGCUGGCCGGUGUGGUCAGAUCCAACAGAUGAGCUACUGUAGCUCAGAUUGCUAAAGAAGUUAAUGCUGGUUCUGAUAAAAAGGUGUCCGAAUACACAGUGCAUUGCAGUUUGUUGCAUAUGGGGCUGCAUAGCAUCUGAACUGGACCACGGAGCAAUAGAAGAAGGUGGCCUGGUCUGAUGAAGCACAUUUUCUUUUACAUCACAUGGAUGGCUGGGUGCGUGUGCAUCGCUUGCCUGGGGAACACAUGGCACCAGGAUGCACUAUGGGAGGCAGUGUGAUGCUUUGGGCAAUGUUCUGUUGGGAAACCUUGGGUCCUGCUAACCCUAACCAUCCUCCAAACUGUGUCUGCAGGCAGAAUUUAAUUAUUCUCAAAUUAGGUUCAUUGCAGCUCUAAUUGUUUUAAUAAUAUAUUUUUUGGUGAAUAUGAGCAUUGUUAGGCAUGUAAUUACUGAAUUAUGUAAUUACUUUUUUGUUGUUGUUUUUACAGCAUUCCUGGUCUUAAUUUGUGUUGGCAUUUCUUUAUAAACCCCAUUUUCAUAAAAUGCAAUAAAAUUCAAAUCUAAAAUUAUAAAUGGCUCGUUGUGUAUUACAGUUACUGUUGCUUUUCUUGAUGCAGUUGUUAACUGUGUUAAGUGACAAUUUUUAACUGUUUGGUGAUGAUGUAUAUGGCCAUAUUUAUGGAAUAUUAUGCAACAUUUCUGGUCUUAAUUUGU